AUGAAUCAGACCGACGCUCCCCGGCCGCUCAACUGGACCAUCCGGAAGCUCUGCCAUGCCGCCUUCCUCCCCUCCGUCAGGCUCCUUAAGGCACAGAAAUCAUGGAUAGAAAGAGCAUUUUACAAGAGAGAAUGUGUUCAUAUCAUACCCAGCACCAAAGACCCCCAUAGGUGUUGCUGUGGGCGUCUAAUAGGUCAACAUGUUGGACUGACUCCAAGCAUCUCUGUUAUUCAGAAUGAGAAAAAUGAAAGCAGGCUUACCCGCAAUGACAUCCAGUCGGAGAAGUGGUCCAUCAGCAAGCACACACAGCUCAGCCCGACGGACGCAUUUGGAACCAUUGAGUUCCAAGGAGGAGGCCACUCCAAUAAAGCCAUGUAUGUACGAGUGUCUUUUGACACAAAGCCUGACCUUCUUCUGCAUCUGAUGACCAAAGAGUGGCAGCUUGAGCUCCCUAAACUUCUCAUCUCUGUGCAUGGGGGCCUUCAGAAUUUUGAGCUUCAGCCAAAACUCAAGCAAGUCUUUGGAAAAGGCCUCAUUAAGGCUGCUAUGACAACUGGAGCAUGGAUAUUCACCGGAGGAGUAAACACAGGAGUCAUUCGGCAUGUUGGAGAUGCACUGAAAGAUCAUGCCUCAAAAUCUCGAGGGAAGAUCUGCACCAUUGGUAUAGCUCCCUGGGGGAUUGUGGAAAAUCAAGAGGAUCUGAUUGGCAAAGAUGUUGUCCGACCAUACCAGACGAUGUCCAAUCCCAUGAGUAAGUUGACAGUGCUCAACAGUAUGCAUUCUCAUUUUAUUUUGGCUGAUAAUGGCACUACUGGUAAAUAUGGAGCAGAGGUGAAGCUUCGUAGACAGCUGGAAAAGCACAUUUCACUUCAGAAGAUAAAUACAAGAAUUGGUCAAGGGGUUCCAGUGGUGGCCCUCAUUGUGGAAGGAGGUCCCAAUGUUAUCUCCAUCGUUCUGGAGUAUCUGCGAGACACUCCUCCUGUUCCUGUUGUGAUUUGCGAUGGCAGUGGCCGGGCAUCUGACAUCCUUGCCUUUGGCCACAAAUACUCUGAAGAAGGAGGACUUAUCAACGAGUCUUUGAGGGACCAGUUGCUAGUUACCAUACAGAAGACUUUCACAUACACCCGAACCCAGGCACAGCACCUCUUCAUUAUCCUUAUGGAGUGCAUGAAGAAGAAGGAGCUGAUCACAGUAUUUCGCAUGGGAUCAGAAGGACACCAGGACAUUGAUUUAGCUAUCCUCACAGCAUUACUAAAAGGAGCUAACGCAUCUGCUCCCGACCAGCUGAGCCUAGCAUUAGCCUGGAACAGAGUAGACAUCGCCCGCAGUCAGAUCUUUAUUUAUGGGCAACAGUGGCCGGUGGGCUCCCUUGAGCAAGCAAUGCUGGAUGCACUGGUGUUGGACAGAGUGGAUUUUGUGAAAUUGCUCAUAGAAAAUGGAGUAAGCAUGCAUCGUUUUCUCACCAUCUCCCGGCUAGAGGAAUUGUACAAUACGAGACACGGACCAUCCAACACUCUGUAUCACCUAGUCAGGGAUGUCAAAAAGGGAAACUUACCUCCUGAUUAUCGAAUAAGUCUGAUUGAUAUUGGUUUGGUGAUAGAGUACCUCAUGGGAGGAGCAUAUCGCUGUAUCAGGGCAAAGAAACCCAUACCUCAGAAUUGGCUUUAUUGGCUGGAUGUGGUUCCAGCAGAGUCACCAAAGGCCCUAAAACUGUUGGGAAUGGAGGAUGAUGUCCCUUUGCGGCGAGGGAGGAAAACAACAAAAAAAAGAGAAGAAGAAGUUGAUAUUGACUUGGAUGACCCUGAGAUCAAUCAUUUCCCCUUCCCGUUCCAUGAGCUGAUGGUGUGGGCUGUGCUGAUGAAGCGUCAGAAGAUGGCCCUUUUCUUUUGGCAGCAUGGGGAAGAGGCUAUGGCUAAAGCACUAGUGGCCUGUAAACUCUGCAAAGCCAUGGCCCAUGAAGCAUCAGAAAAUGACAUGGUGGAUGACAUAUCCCAAGAGCUGAACCAUAAUUCCAGGGACUUCGGCCAGUUGGCGGUGGAGCUGUUGGACCAGUCAUACAAGCAGGAUGAGCAACUGGCAAUGAAACUGCUGACCUAUGAGCUGAAGAACUGGAGCAACGCCACAUGCCUGCAGCUCGCAGUGGCAGCCAAGCACAGGGACUUCAUUGCUCACACUUGCAGCCAAAUGCUGCUCACAGACAUGUGGAUGGGCCGCCUCCGGAUGCGGAAAAAUUCUGGCCUAAAGGUAAUUCUAGGAAUUCUACUUCCUCCUUCAAUCCUCAGCUUGGAGUUCAAGAAUAAGGAUGAUAUGCCUUACAUGUCCCAGGCCAAUGAGAUCCAUCUUCAAGAGAAGGAGCCAGAGGAACCGGAGAAGCCAGUGAAAGAAAAAGAGGAGGAGGACAUGGAACUCACUGCAAUGCUGGGACGAGGCAAUGGAGAGUCCUCAAGAAAGAAAGAGGAAGAGGAAGUUCAGAGCAGGCACAGACUGAUCCCUGUUGGAAGAAAGAUUUAUGAGUUCUACAAUGCUCCCAUCGUUAAAUUUUGGUUUUACACACUGGCAUAUAUAGGCUACUUGAUGCUGUUCAAUUAUAUAGUGUUAGUGAAGAUGGAUCGCUGGCCAUCUACACAGGAAUGGAUUGUCAUCUCGUACAUUUUCACUCUGGGAAUAGAGAAGAUGAGAGAGAUAUUGAUGUCAGAGCCUGGGAAACUGUUACAGAAAGUAAAAGUUUGGCUCCAGGAGUACUGGAACGUUACUGAUCUCAUAGCUAUCCUCCUGUUCUCCGUCGGGAUGGUGCUCCGUCUGCAAGAUCUGCCACUCCGGAGCGAUGGCCGAGUGAUAUACUGUGUUAACAUUAUUUACUGGUAUAUACGGUUAUUAGACAUCUUUGGAGUAAACAAGUAUUUGGGACCAUAUGUUAUGAUGAUUGGGAAAAUGAUGAUAGACAUGAUGUACUUUGUCAUCAUCAUGUUGGUGGUUCUGAUGAGCUUUGGUGUCGCAAGACAGGCUAUUCUCUUCCCCAAUGAGGAGCCUUCAUGGAAGCUGGCGAAAAACAUUUUUUACAUGCCUUAUUGGAUGAUCUAUGGGGAAGUGUUUGCAGACCAGAUAGACCCUCCUUGUGGUCAAAAUGAAACCAGAGAAGAUGGCAAAAUAAUCCAGCUACCUCCCUGCAAGACAGGAGCAUGGAUCGUUCCUGCCAUCAUGGCCUGUUACCUCUUGGUUGCAAACAUCCUUCUGGUGAACCUCCUCAUUGCUGUUUUCAACAAUACAUUUUUUGAAGUCAAAUCCAUAUCCAACCAAGUGUGGAAGUUUCAAAGAUAUCAGCUAAUCAUGACAUUUCAUGAAAGACCUGUUCUCCCACCGCCUCUGAUCAUUUUCAGCCAUAUGACUAUGAUAUUCCAACACCUCUGCUGCAGAUGGCGGAAGCAUGAAAGCGACCCAGAUGAGAGAGACUAUGGAUUAAAACUUUUCAUAACUGAGGACGAAUUGAAAAAAGUUCAUGAUUUUGAAGAGCAGUGCAUAGAAGAAUAUUUUAGAGAAAAGGAUGACAGAUUCAAUUCCUCCAAUGAUGAAAGAAUCCGUGUCACUUCAGAAAGGGUAGAGAACAUGGCCAUGAGACUGGAAGAAGUAAAUGAGCGGGAGCACUGCAUGAAGGCCUCUCUGCAGACCGUUGACAUCAGGCUUGCUCAGCUGGAAGAUAUGAUGGGACGAAUGGUGACCGCCUUAGAAAAACUGACCGGCAUAGAGAGAGGUGAGACAACCAAGAUACGAUCCAGGACCUCAUCCGACUGUACUGAUGCAGCCUACAUUGUGAGGCAGAGUAGCUUCAAUAGUCAGGAAGGAAAUACUUACAAGCUUCAAGAGAUCAUAGAUCCCACAGGAGAGGAGUCUAUGUCCCCAACCUCUCCUACAAUCACGCCCCGCAUGCGUAGCCACUCUUUCUAUGCAACAAAUAUGAAGGACAAGUGUGGGCUGGAAAAGUUUGAAAGCAUUUUUAAGGAAAGAUCUCCAAGCCUGCAUCGGGCUAUCAGUUCCCACUCGAUAGCAAAAGAAGGAAAGGUUCCCUUAGCCCCUACCAGCACCUUGUCGAUUGCCCCAGACUCUAGAAGGCCUUCGUCUUGUAUAGACAUCUAUGUUUCUGCCAUGGAUGAGAUGCAUUCUGACACAGAGCCUCUUGACAGCUCCAUAAAUAUUCUUGGUACUGGAGAUGCAGCUCUGCAGGCUCAAAUAGCCUCUUCCAUUUUAGCUAACAGCGCGUAUAUUAGCAGCACACCCGGCGAAAAAAUUUCUGGCAGGAGUCUUGACUAUGAGGAGACCUCUGGAAUAGAAACAAGAGCAUUUUCUUCAGAUUAUUCCCAAAUCACAGACUGCCAAAUCCCUUGGGAUUCAGACCCUCCCUUGUAUCACACUUUAGAGCGAUCUAAAAGCAGUCGUUACCUGGCUACAAGUCCAUUUAUUCUGGAGGAGACACCAAUUGUGAAAUCUCACAGUUUUAUGUUUUCUCCAUCUCGAAGCUACUUCAGCAGCCUUGGCGUCCCAGUCAAAACAGCAGAGUACACAAGUAUUACGGACUGCAUAGACACAAGGUGUGUGAGCGCUCCCCAGGCCAUCGCAGAGAGGGCCAGUUUCCCUGGAAGUCUCGGGGGUAAAGUGGAGGACUUGGGAUGCUGCCACCCAGAGAGAGAAGCUGAACUAAGUCACCCGAGCUCUGAUCAUGAGGAUAUUGAGGCCAAAGACAAGAAGGGGAUGCCCUUAUCUCCUCAAGACAGCAAUGCUACAAGAACUCUAGCCAACAGCAUCCCACUUCCAAAAAUAGAGCGGGCAAACAGCUACUCUGCGGAGGAGUCCAACAUGUUGUAUGCACAGCACACACGGAAGAGCUACUCUAUCAGUGACAAACUUGACAGGCAGCGGAAUGCAACAGGCCUGCGAAACCCCUUCCAGAGGAGUAAGUCCUCGAGACCAGAGAGCAGAGGGGACAACCUGUCCAUGAGGAGACUGUCAAGAACGGGAGCUUUCCGCAGCUUUGAAAGCAAGCACAGCUAG